CGCUCUUAAGACGUCAUUAGGGCGUCGCGCGCCGGAGGCUUUCCCCGCCCACCCCGGCCCAGCUGUCUCUUUCCGGGCUCGACUAUACAGGAGUCGCCAUCAUGGGAGUUGACAUCCGCCACAACAAAGACCGAAAGGUCCGGCGCAAAGAACCCAAGAGCCAGGACAUCUACCUGAGGCUGUUGGUCAAGCUGUACAGGUUUCUGGCCAGACGAACAAACUCCACUUUCAACCAGGUUGUGCUGAAAAGGUUGUUCAUGAGUCGCACCAACCGGCCACCUCUGUCCCUUUCUCGGAUGAUCCGGAAGAUGAAGCUUCCUGGCCGGGAAAAUAAGACAGCUGUGGUUGUGGGGACCGUAACGGACGAUGUGCGGGUUCUGGAGGUGCCCAAGCUGAAGGUUUGUGCCCUGCGUGUGAGCAGCCGGGCACGCAGCCGUAUCCUCAAGGCCGGUGGUAAGAUCCUCACCUUUGACCAGUUGGCCCUGGACUCCCCCAAGGGCCACGGCACCGUUCUGCUCUCUGGUCCACGCAAGGGCCGAGAGGUGUACCGGCAUUUCGGCAAGGCCCCGGGAACCCCCCACAGCCACACCAAACCCUACGUCCGCUCCAAGGGCCGGAAGUUCGAGCGGGCCAGAGGCAGACGGGCCAGCCGAGGCUACAAGAACUAAUGCUGCAUCUUAUUCUGUCAAUAAAAGAUUUUGGAUGCCA